AUGAAAGAGGUACGGAAGCAAGACAGCAGGAGACACCGCUGGAGAAAGGCCGCGGCAGAAAGAGACGGCGCCGCUGGAGAACUCGCGCGGCAGAAAGAGACGGCGCUCGCUGCUGGAGAGAGGCCCGUCGCUGGAGGGCUGUCGCUGUUGGAGAAUUUGUGCCAGAGAAAGGCGCGCGGCAGAAAGGCCGUCGCCGCUGGAGAACUCGUGCGGCGCUCGCUACUGGAGAACUCGCGCGGCAGAAAAAGAGACGACGCGCGACAGCGAGGGAGGAGGCGGCGCGAGGAAGGAGGAGGUGAAUCAGAGACGGCGCGCGGCAGCGAGGAAGGAGGCGACGCGAGGAAGGAGGCGGCGCGAGAGAACAGGAAUUCGGCACGGGGAAGAGAAAAAGAAAUUAGGGUUUUGGCUCUGAUGCCAUGUUCAAAGCAAAACCUAAAAUCUCGUGUUAUUGGAACCCCACGAGUUUGA